AUGGAUAUAUCAGUCAUUACAGAUAACGGCCUUUUAAAGGUCUACAAUUUACACAAAAAGAAACCAAUUGCAUUAUUUGGUAAAAUGAAACAAGCACCAGAGGAAGUUGUAACUGCUUCAUUUGCAUGGGAUCAAAAACAUAUACUUCAAGGAUUUAAAUCAGGACAAUUAGAUUAUUGGUCAUUUGAAAGAGGAACGAUUAAAGCAGAGGAAGAAGGACAAGAAGAACAAGAUAUUUGUACGGGUAGUGUAGUUAGAACACUCAACUAUGCCGAACAAAUCAAAGGUGUGUGUCCAAUGAUCAACGGUAGAUUAGCAGUUGGUAAUAUCAGAGGUAGAAUCGAUGUCAGAAAGUUUGAUAUUGAAACGGGUGCCGCUGAAGAAUUGGUCACCUUCAACACUAGUCAAAACAACCUCUACUGUAUGCGUUCAGACCCAUUGAUCGAAACCAACGUUGCAGUGGGUAUGAAAGAGAUGGAAGUGUCUCUGUACAACGUAGAGACACAACAAAGAGUAUGGAAUGCACGUAACUUGAAAAACGACUUUUUGGGUCUCCGUGUUCCCAUCUGGACCACUUCUAUGGAUUUCCAUAGUCGUGAUAAAUUGGCUGUUGGUACCGGUCAAGCUCAAGUAAGACUAUAUGAUUGUCGUACACAUAAAUCUCAAACAUCAUUUAACACUGUCUUGGGCAAGAGUCCAAUCUAUGCAAUUAAAACUACUACAUUAAAUGAACAUAUAUUGAUUGCUGGAGAUGGGUCUGGUCAAGUUGGAGAAUACGAUUUGAGAACAGGUAGACUCUCUGGAAAAUAUGCAGGUGCUACUGGUGGAAUUAGAUCGAUUGAUAUCCAUCCAACUUUACCAUUGGUCGCUGUUGCAGGUUUAGAUAGACACGUUAGAAUUUAUAAUUUAAAGAAUAGAACUUUAAUUAAUAAGUUGUAUAUGAAACAAAAAAUUACAAGUGUAUUAUUCUCUUCAGAAGAACCUCCAAGACCAAAAUCAUCUGUAUCAUCUAAAGAUGUAAAGAGAAAGAGAGUUGAAAAGACAAAGAGAGAAGAUCGUGAUGAUGAUGAAGAAGACGAAGAAGAUGAAGAUGAAGAAGAGGAUGAAGAGGAACAAGGAGAAGUAGACUUUUUCAAUAAUGGUGAAAUCAAGGAAGAUAGUGAUGAUGAAGAUCUCAUUGAUUCAGAUGAAUUGGAUGAAGAUGAAAAGGGCGAGCGUAUGGUCAACGCCUAUUUUGUUGAAAGUCAAGAUUUGGAUAUUCCCGAUACCCAAGUUGGAGACAAUGAAGCUGCCAACCUAUGGAAGAGUUUAGAUAAAAAUUCAAAGUUACCACCUGGAUACAUAGCUCCAGAACCUAAAAAUAUCAACAAAAAGAAUAAUAAUAAGAAUAAUAAGAAAAAUACACAAGAUAAAAAGAAACCAUCAACAUCAACAACUGCAGCAACACCAAAAUCUCCAUCUCCAGCAGCAGCAGCACCAAAAUCUAAACCUGCUGCCAAGGCUCCAACUACCACUACUACUACUUCCACUUCUACCACUUCACCUGCACCAAAGAAAAAGAUUGCAGUUUCAGCUUUAAAGAAAUUAAAGAAAUAA